CCUUUGUGGCGGGCUAUCUCCUUUAUUCCUGGGGGAUGCAGGAGUUUGAGAGACUGAAGAGGAAGAACCCGGCGGACUAUGAAAACGACCAGUGA